UCCGUGAUACAGGAUAGUUGUCCAAAUCUAAUUUCUUUUGGAUGUUUCUUUGUAUUAUUUCACGAAUCCGUUUUUUUUGUUUGUUUUUUGUGUGUGUGUGUAUAUAUUUGGGUUUCUAACGCAUGACGGAUUGGUUUGGUUACGCACAAGGAAUGUUUCUGUAGUUCGGAUCUCAGCAGUUCGGCAUUGGUCUCUGAUGGAACGAGACACAGCCUUUCUGUGCCCGUUUGUUUUUGGAUACAGCGCAGAUUACAGAUCCCUGGGAAUGCAGUAAUCAAUGUAGGACAUAUGUAACAAGUCCUCAAACCAUUCGGAGGGUCUUGCCACAGGGUAUCAAGACAAGCAAAAGCAGUUGUAAAUGGAUCGCCAUUCCAGCCUUGUUUGUCUCUGGUUUCAGCUGGAACUUUGUGCGAUGGCUGUUCUUCUCACGAAAGGAGAGAUCAGGUGCUACUGUGACGCACCACACUGUGUUGCCACUGGAUACAUGUGUAAAUCGGAGCUCAACGCUUGCUUCACGAAGGUCCUGGACCCACUUAACACAAACUCGCCUCUAACACAUGGCUGUGUAGAUUUGCUAGUAAAAUCAGCGGAUGUGUGUUCCAGCAAAAAUGUGGACGUUUCCAGCGGAAGCGCCUCUCUUGUAGCGUGUUGCCAUGAGGAUAUGUGUAACUACAGAGGUUUGCAUGACCUCACGCACCCUCGAGGUGAUUCGACAGACCGAUUCUACAGCUCCAAUCAGAACCUGAUCACAAGGGUGCAAGAGUUAGCAUCCGCUAAAGAGGUGUGGUUCCGGGCAGCAGUGAUAGCAGUUCCCAUCGCGGGUGGGCUUAUCCUGGUUCUGCUGAUUAUGCUGGCGUUGCGAAUGCUUCGUAGUGAAAACAAGCGUCUCCAGGCCCAGCGCCAACAGAUGCUGUCUCGCCUGCAUUACAGUUUUCAUGGACACCACCAUGCCAAGAAAGGCCAUGUGGCCAAGUUGGACUUGGAGUGCAUGGUGCCGGUAACGGGACAUGAGAACUGCUGUCUGGGCUGUGAUAAGCUGCGGCAGACGGAGCUGUGCACGGGAGGAGGAAGCGGAGGCGAACGCCUCCUAUCUCUUGUGCACUGGGGGAUGUACACAGGACAUGGCAAGCUGGAGUUCGUAUGACUACUCAGAGCUUCCUUGUUAGGGCACAAAAGGGUAACUGUGUAGUUUGCUGUCGUAAUUUUAUUAUCGUCCCGCUCGGCGUGUUAUUGUAUUGUCUCCAUUACCAUGGAGAGCGAAGAAAUUUCAAGGACACAAAUCUUUGUGUUUUCUCAAAAGAGCACUUUACUUGAAUUAGAAUGGCCGGUCACUGUGGGGCUGUGGUGAAUAUGAAAGGUGCGGAGCUAAGGACUAUAAACUCCGCCCCUUCCCCACCAAGCCAUGUCCUGUGGAUCCUGGAAUGACACUGAAGACUGAAGGAUUCGUAAAGAUGGUCUUAUUUUGCACAUUUGUAUAAAACGGACUAGAUGACUAUGGGCUGGUUGGAAAGUUGCAUUCGAAGUGGAUUUUUUGAAGAAUUUUACACUGACACCAGGGUACAAAUAAGGUUUGUUGUAGUCAAAUUGUAUGAAUAAAGGAUCCAAUCUUGACUGUAGCAAAUCGCAUGCCUCUGCUUAUGAUUUUGUUAAUCAAACACAUUUGUGUAAUUGUGUUUUUACCUCUAUUCAGCUCUGUGUGUGUGUGUUUGUGUUUGAGUGAGGAAGGUCAAUCAGUAGCAGGGAAACUGACACAGGGGCCUUGUUCUAAAAUAGUGCCCUUCAUCUGACUGCGUCAUCUCUGAAAUCCCUCCAAAAGGGACACAUUACAUCUCUCUAGCUCUCUCGGCUGCUCUCUUGGGAUUAAUACUGGAGGUAGAGCGAGUAUUUAUUUAGUAAGUGAGGGAAUGUCGGUAAGCUGUGAGUUCAGAGUCCUUCGCCUGCACUCGCUGAACACAGUAAUUCCCUUGUAUGCACUCUGGCUUGACUUUACAAUAUACAAAUCACAGGCAGAUUUGAGAACUGUGAAACUUUUUUUGACCUACUUUGAAAAUGUGCUUGCAGCUUUAUACACUAAAGUGUCCUUAAGACCAGCAGGAAUUGCUAACAUUCCUUUGUGAUAUAGUUCAUUGCAGUAGAUGUGUACAGCAUAGGCUCCAUAUGACAGCUCCCUCUCUUAUUCAGAGGAUUGUUGGUGAAAGCGGCUCCUCAAGGUGGAUAAGAAGCAAAUAAUAUAGUACAAAUAUUUUAUCUCUCGUGCUGAAAAUCCUUUACCAAAUUUGGUGUUCCUGGUCUUUUAAACAUUGCUUGUUAAUC